UCAAGAGUACUACAGCAUAUUUUGCUCUCCUAAUGAAAUCUAGUUCAGGAUCCCUCUUUGGCUCUAUGUUCUUUCCUAGUACUUAUUAUCCAAAAUGUCAAGCGCUUGAGAAACCAAACUAGGUCAUAUUUUUCGAAGCUUUCUGCUUUUAGAAAAAUGGUGAAAAUUUUCUUCUUGUCAAAUAUGAACCUUGUGUGAUAUUUCAGGAAAACUCGAACUUGUAUUCACACUCCAGGAUACCCUCCCAUGAUACCUGAUGAUCUAACAAACUCGAAAUUGUUAGCUUCAUUGGAUGGAGCAAAACUAGUCUAUUUUGAUGGAAGACUACAUGAAACUGCUCUAGUUGUAGCUCAGGAGGCAACUCGCAGAGGCAUUCCUAUUCUAAUUGAUGCAGAAAGGAAGAGGGAAGGGCUGGAUGAUCUUUUGAGUUUAUCUAGCUAUGCUAUAUGCUCAGCAAAAUUUCCACAGGCUUGGACCGAGGCUCCGUCUGUCCCUAGCGCACUUGUAUCCAUGCUUUUAAAAUUGCCAAGUAUCAAGUUUGUGAUUGUCACAUUAGGUGAAGAGGGCUGUCUAAUGCUAGAGAGAAAAUGUUCAUUCUGAAGAAGUGGAUGUGGAUGAUUUAUUGGAGAUGCUGAAGGACAAAAAGGAUAAUAACACAACCAUACCUAUAUGCAUACCAUCG